GGAUGAUUAUCAUGACCACCGUGAAUGACCCGGACCUCCAUUUGGAAACAUCCCGACACCCAUUUGGUUACCAUCAUCCGGACAGAGUUGCUGUUCUCUUUCUUUUCACCGGAGAAACCCCGUCCGCGCAAGAUUCGAGACUUCACAAAGUUACACCAGAAUGGUCUUGAGGGCAUCUCCUGACAGUUCAUUUCAGCGCCCCGUGGAGUACGGAGAGAGAGAUGUGAUGGAGAUAGGAAAACGGCAGGUUGAACCGGUUUCCGCGGCGGCUGCAUGGAGUCGGAAUCAUGCUAACGAUCCCAAACAACAUUAUGGGAAAGGCAGAGAGAAUGAUGAUGAUGAUGAAAUGGAAAAGGCUUUAGUUCAGCUUCGGUGGCCGAUAUUGGAUUCCGAUGCUCUUAUGGAUGUCGCCGAUGUCGAUCCACCCCUCGUUUUGGUCACUUGUUCCUCUUCCCGUCGCCCGCAAGAGGAAGGCACGCAUUGCACUAACAAUUAA